AACCGUUCCGCCUGGGUUCACGCCUUACCCGCAGAGGAGACAGCCGAGGAAACAUGGGUGUCACCUGUGUGUCUCAGAUGCCCAUAGCCGAAGGGAAGAGUGUCCAGCAAACGGUUGAAAUCUUAACAAGAAAACUAGAACUACUUGGAGCAGAAAAACAAGGAACAUUCUAUGUAGACUGUAAAACAUACCAUACUGCAGCAGCCACAAUGGGCAAUCAAGUAUUUUUCAGCACUCACCAAGGACAGACUGCCAAGCUGAUGUACGUGAUGCACAAUUCUGAAUAUCCCCUCAGCUGUUUCUCUCUCUUUGAAAAUGGCCCCUGCCUCAAAUCAGAUGCCAACUGUGACGUCCUUAUGGUGAAACUGAAAGGCUUCUUUCAAAAUACCAAAGGGAACAAGAUAGAGAGCCAGGGCACCCGGUACCAGUACUGUGAUUUCUUGGUGAAGGUUGGCACUGUUACCAUAGGACCCAGCGUUCUAGGAAUAUCUGUGGAGGCGGAAUAUUGUCCCUGUGUGGUGGCCAAUGACUGCUGGAACCUUCUAAUGGAGUUCAUGCAAAGUUUCAUGGGAAGUCAUGCCCCGGGGAUUCCUUCUGUGUUUGGCAAUAAGCAUGACAGCAUCUACAGCCCAGGUGACAUGAUGGUACAGUAUAUGGAACUCUUCAACAAGAUUCGCAAGCAGCAGCAGGUGCCAACUGCAGGAAUCAGAUGAGGAACCUUUAUAAGGCCUUUCUUCAUGUGAGCAAUCAUAUUGUUGACUAAUCAGUCUACUGAGUAGCAGUUCCAUUCUGGCACUCCAGGUUGCAUUAGUUUCUCAUUUUUAAAAUGCAAUUGGUCUCCUUUGGAGGUAGAAUUAAUACCACGUCAUCUCUGGUUCUCAAGGCCUGUGAUAAUGCCAUGGGUGGUCUGCUGUCUUAAGUGUUUCGCCUUAGAUUCUUCAAGCAACACUUCUGCAACAGAGUAGAAAUUGAAGAAAAAUGAUCAUGCUGAAAAGAAUAGGUUGGAAAUUUGUGCAGAUGGCAGAUUAGGCUUUGGAUUUGCUCAGUUGUCUAUGAGUGAAUGUGAGAUUUCUGGCUAAUAAUAUGAAAAUAUUUUAAUGUACCUUUUAUUUUCAUAUGAUGCAUUUUGUAUGUGAUACUAUUAAAAUAUAUCCUCAAAUCGGGGAAAUGUUAUGUUUUAUUUUAGAAAAGUACUGUAGUACCAUAUAUGUUGGUAAAGCAAACAGAUAGCAACAGGGUUCUGUUAUCAGAGUUUAAGUUCCUGGCCUUUCACUAUCUUCAUGAAGCUUGUUGAGAGGAUUAUCAUGUUUGAGUUUUAGGAUAAUAUCAUUGGACCUUGGAAGUUUAAAUCCUUUCCCUUUAGUCUAAUGUUGUAAUUCUGUCUGAUGGAACGGAGUAGAAAGUCUCUCACCAUGAAAACUUAUUCAAAACAAAGACUUUGAUCAAAUUACAACAUCAGCAUUUUUAUAAGAUGAGGCCUCAAAGUACAAAUACAUGGAACUUUCCAAAUUCUUAAAGAUAUUAAAUUUAUCAUUGAGAAAUCUCUUACUAGGCAUUGAAUAUUUGCCUCUCUGUUUGUGUAUGGUGGAAUCCGCCCUGAGUCCCCUCAGGGAGAUAGGGUGGAAUACAAAUAAAGUGUUACUAAUACCCUCACCAACAGCCAGUUAAGAUUUACUGUAAUUGAUUAUCCAGUGUGCAGAAUGGUGGAGUGAGUUGUCUUCUUGUUGUUUUUUGCAUUGGGCAGAAAAACAGCCUGAAUCAGACCUCAGUAUGAUACUUACUAUCUGUUCUCCAGGCAGAUUUAUUCUAGAAUCAUAGACUCAUAGAAUCAUAGAAUAGUAGAGUUGGAAGAGACUCAUUGGCCAUCCAGUCCAACCCCCUGCCAAGAAGCAGGAAAUCGCAUUCAAAGCACCCCGACAGAUGGCCAUCCAGCCUCUGUUUAAAAGCCUCCAAAGAAGGAGCCUCCACCACAGUCCAGGGGAAAGAGUUCCACUGCCGAACAGCUCUCAGAGUUAGGAAGUUCUUCCUGAUGUUCAGAUGGAAUCUCCUUAUUCUGUAACAUAAUGGGUUUUCACUGCCUGGUGGAAGAAGCUGCAAAGAUACCACUUAAUUUUCAGUAAGACAAAGAGGGCUAAGG